UGGGGGAGGGGUAUUGGAUGGGGUGGAACAGUCCUUCAGUAAUGAGCGGAUUUUAGAGCGAGAGAGAGAGAGAGCAAGGGAGAGAAGAGACCGAAAGACCACCACUAUAUGACUUGUGGGAAACAGGAUAUAUUAAUGACCCAGACAUAAGGGGGUUGAGCUCUAAAAUACAGAAGAUAAAGCGGAAAGGAAGACAAUCAUUAUAUAUAUAUUUUGUUGUUGCAUCAACCCUCCUCCCAUGUUGUUCAGGAGAGACUGCAGCUCCAUCGCUACAGCGCAGCAGGAGCACAGUGAGGAGGAGAGGAGGAGGAAGGAGAGAACAAGACAGAAGAAGAGAGGAGCAAAGGGGAAAUACACAGUCAGUUAGGUCGUCUGAGGUGUGUGUGUGUUCAGUGUGUGUGUGUGUUCAGUGUGUGUGUGUGUGUUUAUGGAUGUGUGUGUUCGGAUGUUUCCAGCCCAUUCUAUAGCUAUAGCACAUCUCUGUUUAUUUUUGGGGCGUACUGUUGCGGUACGAUCCCUCUCCUGUCUCUAUCCUCUCUCCCUCUCCUGUCUCUAUCCUCUCUCCCUCUCCUGUCUCUAUCCUCUCUCCAUUUCUGUGUGCCAGUACGGCACAGCUAGACGGGUGGUGGUGUAAUGUCUGAUUGAGCUCAUCAGGCUGUGCUCGCUGUGUCGCUGCUGCCGUCAGGGCCUCUGGGACUAUUAGAAAAGCCUGGGCCUAGCCUGUCUGGAGCGCCCCAGCCAACGGAGAGGUGAGUGGGUUUGUGCCAUCCCAGCUGGCGAGGCUGUGUAGAGGAGGGUGGAGGAGGAGGAGGAGGAGAGGAGGAGGAGCGCAUACAGCCUGCAUGCCCAUGGGAAGCAGAAUGCUCGGACGGCAGUAGCAUCUAGCAUCCUUAACGUCGCGCCAGGCCCAGACCCAGAUCCAGACCCUGCCACCUCCAUUGACAGACAGACGAAACCUCUCUCUCCGUUCCAGGUGAUGCUCUCUGGACCAAGCCUUGCUUUGUACAAGACGGGGAACCUGUUUUUGAUUCCAUUAUCAUAAAAACCCAACAACAAGAAGGUAAAGGGAAAUACUAGGAGAUCUAAACCUCCAUGAGACUACCUCCAUCCUCACCUCCCGGCCCUGAUCUUUCUGUGGAAACCUGAUUUUUUCUUCUUGACGUUCUGAGGAUUUUGCCUAAACCUGUUUCAUGCAUGUCCACUGGAGGAAGGUUUGACUUUGAUGACGGGGGGUCGUACUGUGGAGGGUGGGAGCAGGGCAAGGCCCAUGGCCGGGGGGUCUGCACAGGGCCACAGGGUCAGGGGGAGUACGCCGGGGCCUGGAGCCACGGCUUCGAGGUCCUGGGCGUCUACACCUGGCCCAGCGGGAAUAGCUACCAGGGCACGUGGGCGCAGGGGAAGCGCCACGGUGUGGGCGUGGAGAGUAAGGGCCGCUGGGACUACAGGGGGGAGUGGACGCAGGGCUUCAAGGGACGCUACGGCCAACUGGAGAGCACGGUUAGCGGGGCCCGUUACGAAGGGACCUGGAGCAACGGCCUGCAGGAUGGAUACGGGACUGAGACGUACUCCGAUGGAGGUAAGGAAGGGACACACCAAGCCAUCAAGCUGAGGUUGCUCUUACUAUGCAGCACACUUGUAUUCAUUCUAUUUUGGUUUUAACACACUAUAAAAUAGGUGCUAUAAGGGUCACUCUACCCUCUCCUUCUCCUGUACCUCUCAUCCUCCUUUCAACCCUUAUCCCAUUUCAUUCUGUUCUCUCCAUCUCUUUUCAUACAGUAUCUCUACCUGCCUCCCCUUGUAUCUGAAAUGGUUACCCAUAUCUGAGAACUAUUUCAGCUGGGAUUGAUAACAAUAUACAGGUCACCUCCCCAGUCAGCAGUAAUAGGCCUGAAACAUACACCGAAUCAGAGAGGAGCCCCUGCAGACUGGCAUUAGAUCCUAGAGAACAUUCAGGACUAUGUCUGGAUCUGGGCUAGCUGAAUCAGAGAGGAGCCCCUGCAGACUGGCAUUAGAUCCUAGAGAACAUUCAGGACUAUGUCUGGAUCUGGGCUAGCUGAAUCAGAGAGGAGCCUCUGCAGACUGGUACUAGAUCCUAGAGAACAUUCAGGACUAUGUCUGGAUCUGGGCUAGCUGAAUCAGAGAGGAGCCCCUGCAGACUGGUACUAGAUCCUAGAGAACAUUCAGGACUAGGUCUGGAUCUGGGCUAUCUGAAUCAGAGAGGAGCCUCUGCAGACUGGCACUAGAUUCUAGAGAACAUUUAAGACUAGGUCUGGAUCUGGGCUAGGCCCUAUGUGUGUGUACAAGCUUUACAAAGACAGAGUAUGUAGGCUAUAUUGCUAUUUCCAGUUCUGUAAUAAAGUGGUGUGAAAGCAGAACACUUAAUGUGGGCUAGCUGUAUAGUACAUGUUACCACGCAAAGACAAACAAUGAUGCUGCCAGUAAUGUCAGCUAACAGAAAUGCAUCAGUGUGUAUACAUGUAUACAGCAUCUGACUGCCUGCCACCAUCUUAUUUGAAGCCUGUUGAAUCUUUAUAUCAUCUCAGCAUCCAUCUCUAUCCCCCAACCCUCUAUUCCCCCUCCUCUAUUCCCCCCUC